AUGCACAUUGUGCGAUUACAGGCUUUGAGGAUUACUUGUUUAAUUGAAGUGAUUUUGCGGAAUUUGACAGAUAUUUUGGGUCACGACAGUCACAUAGUGACUGCAAGGUCACGAGCCAAAAUUAUCUGCUACCUCCUUCUGAUAAGACCUAUAUUAACCUACGGUGCCCCAGUUCUUUGGAACCUGGGCGCAGCCCAAAUGGAAAAUCUAAGAAAACUGGAAAGAGCCUGUCUAAGGGUUGCCCUAAGAAGAUAUAAAUCUAUCGAAUCCCAAUACACGCGAAAUGUCAAAAACUUGGAUUUAUACAACGAGGCGGAAAUCCCGAGGAUUGAUAACUUCUGGCUUAAACUUACUAGGGACUACUUCGCCAAGUUAAAGUCCAUCGACAAUAAUUUAAUCCAACGUCUCAGUGUAGUAAACUCGGUCCAAGUGAAAGAAAACGCCCAGACAGGGUACCUCCAACCACAAGCCUUCACAGUCCUUGACAGACAAGGCGUGAUUCAAGAUCAUUUCAAUAUGCCUGUUAUUUAUCAUAAAAGCAGACAUAUGAGUGACAAAAAAAUUAUCUGGUCAGAGAAUCAAAAUUACACUGAAUUAAAAUACUCCAAGGCCAUCCCAGACCUAGACAAAAACAACUUUUACCGGCUGGACAAAAAGUUCUGGUGGCUAGAUCCAAACUCCCCCCAGAUGAAGAAACUAAGAAAUCGGCAACUCGAACUCAACAACCAGCGACACAAUAAAACACCAAAUCAAGGUAUAUUGCCUCUAUUAUUGCUCUCUGAUGACUUAGAGGCAUUACUAAUUAGGAUAUUGAUACUUGUCUUCACAAGGCUGAUACAACCUAAGCAUAGUAUAAGCAACCUUCCUGCAACUCCUAAGCCAAAUAUCGAAGCACAAAAGAAGAAAGUUGAGUUAGAAAAGCAAAGACAACUUCAAUUAUCAGAACUCCUACAAUUUCUUGUUGAUCAAAAACUACCGAAUAUACUUCCGGAAGGCGGGUUUUCGUCAUUGUUUAUAAUUUCAAGCAUUGUUUAUAACUUCAACGGUUGGAGUACACCAUUCCAGUUGAUGGAUAGUGAGAUAGUCCAGAAUUAUUCUAGGAAAAAUCUGAUGCCUCAUAAAAUGGAAUCAAAUAAAUUUAAUUUUAAAAGGAAUGGUCAUGUUGUCGCUAUCUAG